GAGACCACUAUAAAUUGGAACACAAGCAAUUUGCUUUCCCAUCACUUUUUGAACAAAAUAACAAUUUUGUCUUGCACACACAAAACCUCUUCACUAGACACUGUUACAUAACACUUUGUCCAAUGGCAUAUUUAUUUUGUGCACCUUGUGGCAAUGCACUGUUUCCAUUUGUUUUGGUGUUUCUGUUUCUAAUCUCCACGCCUUCCAUGGUAGCCAUUGCUGGCAACCUCUACCAAGAUGUGGAUGUCACUUGGGGAGAUGGCAGAGGCAAGAUUCUGAGCAAUGGUCAGCUUCUUACUCUGUCUCUUGACAGUGCCUCUGGCUCUGGCUUUCAGUCAAAGAAUCAGUAUCUCUAUGGCAAAAUUGACAUGCAAAUCAAACUUGUCCCUGGAAAUUCUGCUGGCACAGUCACUGCUUAUUACUUACGUUCAGAAGGGUCAUCCUGGGAUGAGAUAGAUUUUGAGUUCCUGGGGAAUCUGAGUGGUGAUCCUUACAUAGUUCAUACCAAUGUGUACACUCAAGGCAAGGGUGACAGAGAGCAGCAAUUUUACCUCUGGUUUGAUCCAACUGCACAUUUUCACACAUAUUCCUUUCUCUGGAAUCCUGCACAUGUUGUGUUUUAUGUUGAUGGAAGACCAAUUAGGGAGUACAGGAACUUGGAGAGUUUUGGUAUUCCUUACCCAAAGAACCAGCCAAUGAGAUUGUAUUCCAGUCUAUGGAACGCUGAUGAUUGGGCAACAAGAGGAGGAGCAGUGAAGACAGAUUGGAGUCAAGCUCCAUUCACUGCUUCAUUCCAGAACUUCAGAGCAAAUGGUUGUGUUUGGUCCAAUGGGGUUUCUUCAUGCAAGUCUAAUAGCACUUCUCAUAAUGCUUGGUUAUCACAACAGCUUGAUUCACAUAACCAGAAGAGAUUGAAAUGGGUGCAGAUGAAUUAUAUGAUUUACAAUUACUGCACUGAUGUUAAGAGAUUCCCUCAGGGUUUCCCUAUGGAAUGCACAGUCCGCACCAAGUCAUAAAUAUUAAGAACUUAGUUCAUAGUAUAUAGUAUGCCCCAUCUUAUAAUCAUUUGUCAUUCUUUCUGCAAUUUAAUUUGAAGAGGUCACUGUUAUGUAAAAAUGAUGUUAAUUAAUUAAAAAAAAGAAUAAAGUGGGAUACUCUUUUGCUAUAAAGCUAGUGAAUCAUGCUGUUGUUCAUGUCAUUCUAGGCAUGGAUUGUAAAUACUUUGGACAAGUUUCACAGACAGUGACAAAGAUAAACUCACUACUUAAUUUCUACAUUGCAACUUCCAAGGAAAGCUGACAAAACAAACCACUGCUCUCCUUUUUUGCUGAAUUGGUUUGUAUGUGCAUACUAAGAAAGUAAUAAACACCAAAGAUAUGCACUAGCCCCAAAAGGCAAAGCCAUUAGCCCAUCAGCCCAUGUUACUCUGCUGAAAUAUGAGUAGUGCACAACUGAUUAUUUGAGUUGGAAAUUGUAAGUCCGGUUUAUUUUAUGGUCAUAGGAUG